UCUCUUACUAUGUAAGCACGCCUCUUCAGCCAGGACUCAGUACGAAUCGUGCUCUCUAACUUGCAGGACCAAAAUAACCGACAUCCGUGGAAGUGAGAUUUUCAAGCUGUCGAUGAAUUCAAUUCUGCCAGCCAUGGGAGUUGGAUUUUUACUUUUCCUGGGACUUUUCACCCUCGGAUACACUGCCACAUAUUCACGGCAACAAACUCAUCCUCAACGAGAAAUUCUCUGUUAUACAUCAUCAAAUGAUUUGAGACAGUUGGAGGAUUCAAUUUCCAGAUGUACGACGCUUGUGCAUAAAGGUCAUGAUCUUCAGGAUUUCAACACUUCCGGCCUCCGUGGGAUUCGUGAGUUGUUGAAAAAAGUCAAUCCAGCUAUUCAGUUUGUCCUUAGUAUUGAUGACCAUAAAAAAUCACUGAAAACUUCAGCAGGAGCUAUACAAAAGGCAAUCGCUAGGAUUUCCACCAUUUUCAAUGAGGUCGAUGGUGUGGAACUAAAUCUAACAGCAGGCGCUAAAGAACGUUUAGUGCACUUUGUCCAGGGGUUAAAGGGAGAAAUGAUGAGAAAAUCAGACAAAGGAAGGAUUUUAUUAUCUUUGCCAACGAAAAAUGAAUUACUCGCAAAAGAGUUUGAUUUAAAAAGUCUUGCUAAAUAUGUGGAUUUGUUCACCAUCCCCACACAUUAUCUCACAAAUGAUGAAGACCUAUUCAGAACUUUUCAUCCGUCUAGACUGAUGGGACUGUCUGAUCUGUUGAAUACAGAUAACUUGGUGGAUCUGAUUCAUGGUCUUGGUGUGGAUAAGGAGAAACUAUUAAUUUCAUUACCAGCGAGUGGAUACAAAUUUACUCUCAAAGAUAGAAACGAUAAUGCACCGAGUGCGCCGACAAUUGAUGAAAAACCAUCGAUAAUUAAUCGGAAGGAAUUUUGUAAAAUGAUUAAACAAGGAGAAUGGAUAAUCGAACGAGACAGUGAUCUCACGGCUCCUUAUGUUUUUAAUGGGUCAAAUUGGAUAGCAUUUGAGGAUGAAAUUUCUACACGGAUUAAAGGAAAAUACGUUCUUCUUCGAGAUCUCGCUGGUCUUGCGAUAGAUGAAAUUGUAAAUGACUUCAAGACCAAUUGCGGAAGGGCUAUUAGUGAGGUAGUCUACCAUUCUUUCACUGAUAAUGAGAGAAAAACUCGGGAAGCUGUGUUGAAUUCACUGGAAAAAGAUAUUCAAAAUCCAGAGAAUUUAUAUCCAGUGAAUGUAAAGCCCUCCGACUUCAGAAUAAUCCAAGUGGUUGAUAGUUCAGGUAACGUUCGUGCUACCAGGGAAAAUACACAAACUGAAUUUACAUGUCUGAAACAAGGUCAUUUUGUACAUCCAAAGAGCUGUAACAGAUUCUACCGUUGUGUGAAAUUCAAUCAACAAGUCGAAGACUACAGUGUAUUUGAGUUCAAUUGCCCAGAGGGUUUAUCAUUUGAUGAACGGACUGAGGUAUGCGUUUGGCCUGGAUCAUUGCCGAAAGCUUCACCUUGUCCUGGAAGUAGUGAAAUUGCACCAACUGCUCCACGAAGAUUCCGUUGUCCUGGAGAAGGUUAUUAUGCUGACCCUAACAAUUGUAGAUGGUUCUUUGCCUGCAUGAAUUUAGGUGAAGGUGACAUGAUACCAUAUGAAUUUCGCUGUCCUUAUGGAUUGGUAUUUGAUGAGAGAAAAUUAGUAUGUGAAUGGCCAUGGCUUGUGCCCGCCUGUGCUGGUAAGAACUAUGAGUAUAAUGGUGGCUAUGGAAGCCUACAUCCUGGUCUUUCAACUUUCCAUGGCACUAGUCAUGGAGAAGAAAAUGAUGGAUCUAUCAAAUAUUUUCAAGAAAACACACAUCAUCGACAUGAUGAUUCUUAUUCACAACACGGAUAUAACAACGGAGCAAGCAAGAAUUAUACGAGCACUAUACAUUCUUCUUCCAUGUCAAAUGGCUACAUUACAACUGUCACAGAGAGUUCAUCAAUUUCAAAUCUUUCUCCUCAAGAUAAUGAUGAUUUCACUUCAACACACACAGAAAAAAACCUAUUGCAAAGUAUGUCCAAGAACGUCGUUACCAUAUCAUCCGUAGAUUUAGUUUCAAAACUAAACAAAUCAAUGUCAAAUGAAUUGCCUAUUCAGACAAGUAAUUCUGGAGGUAUAAUAACAAGUUUUACUAGGAAAAAUGGAAAACCCGGCUUCACCGUUUCCACCACCAUCACCACCACUGAAAAUGGUUUGAAUAAUGUAUUAUUCGAUAAUUAUCAAAAUAAAAAAAUUAUCUCGGGAAAAAAUGCAAUUACUACUGGUAAAUCUAUGCAGCCAGGAUCUACGAUUGCUAUUGGGAAUGAACAUUAUACGAAUCAAGCCUAUUCAAGUACUAUUGGAAUAAAAUCCAAACCUAGAAUGUCUGAAAUUGGAAUUCCAUUCCAAUACACUCCAGUGAUUAAUGAUGGAAUAACGAAUUAUAAAUUCACCGGAAAUAGUCAAACAUCAAUUCCUAAUGAGAUUCCACGUGGUGUAACUCCAACACUUUCUUCAAAGCAAUCUGGAUUCCGAUAUUCCCCAACUGGGGAGUUGAGUGGUCAAAGCAGGAAAAAUCUCUAUGACCACCAAAGCCAACAAACCCUGUCGAAUGAUUACACAUCAGUACCGAUACCCGAAGGAGCUAAUGGGAAUCAAUUUUUUACAAAUCAUGCAUCAAAAACACCAUUGUACAAAAAUAAUCCAUUCCUUCCAUCAACAGCAGCGACAUUCUUUCAUCGAUCAACAGAUGAAAAUCCAUUUUUCUCAAAUGAUUCUUCCUGGCAUUCAUUAUACAAAGGUAAUCCAUUCCUUCCUUCUGCAACUUCUGCAACAUCUAUUGGAGGAGCUCAAGGAAAUGAAGGAAUUAUUGCAAAUCAUGCAUCGAAAAAUGAUACAGUAUACAAAGGAAAUCCAUUUCUUCCAUCAACGCCAGCAACAUCCUUUGAAAAAAUUACAAGAAAUCAAUUUUUCACAAAUUAUCCAUCUACUACAAAUCGAUUGUACCAUGGAAAUCCAUUUCUUCCACCAACAUCAGCGACAUCAUCUGGCAACAGAUAUUACACAAAUCAAGCAGGAAAUACUGAGGAAGCUUCAUUAUUAUCACAAUCUAACGGCAAUGGUUAUAAAACAAAUGAAUAUUUUGACAAUGGGGGCCGAGGCACAAUUCGUUAUAACAAUGGUUUAAUUACUCACAAAUAUACCGAGGAUGAUAUUAAAAAAAAUGGAAAAAUACCAUUUCAAUCUCUGGCCCCAUCGACAUUUAUAAAUCAAACUUUUAGACCCAUUGGUUUCACAAAAACUGGCCCAACUAAAACAGGAAUAACAACAGCACAAUUGGGUGGCAGUGGUACUUACAUUCUAGGAACUACCAAGCCAGUACCAAUAUCUAAUCAAAAUAAUGUGGAAACAAGCAUAAUAUCCGAGAAUAUUUCUUCCCAACAGUAUCCAUCCUAUGUAAAACCUUUGUUUGAAUCCACAACUUCAUUAUAUUAUAAUAAUGAAAUAAGAAGAAUUACCACUCAAACACCUACUAUCUACGACAUUCAUAUGAAUAAUGAUAAACCAAUGCUAACUACUGAAUCAGCAAUAGUCAAUACUCCCUCCUCUCCUGUAUUAUUGACUGCACAAAAUUCAUUACUAAAGUUAACAACUGAAACGCCUUUUUCUGAUAUUCUAGUAGAAAAUAAAGCUACGAUAACCACUGGACCGAUAGUCGCUAAUACUUUCUCGCCAGAAUCAUUCCCUGCACAAAAUUCAAGACCUUUUUCUAUUUCAUCGACUGUUGAACAACCGAUUGAAUCCACCGAUCGAUACAGGAACAGAGUGUCGUCAACGUCAACACCUAUAUCCAUAAUUACUGAUAAAAAUAAUCAUGUUUUAUUGAAUGGACCAAAUAGGAAAAUUCCAUCAUCUGCUACCGAAAACUCUUGGAAAAAUGAUGAAAUUUAUAAUUUAGAUGAUAAAAACAAACAAUUUACACCCAUACCGUCUUCAAUGACUUUUAAUAACAAAGGAGAAGAGACGAAUUAUGGCAAAUCUACUCAGAUAACGGAUCAAGGAUAUAGCUAUGAAAAUGAGAGUAAUACCUUUGGACAAAAAAUUUUUCAAAAUAAAACUGCAUCCAAUGGAUUGAAUCAGCAAUUUGGUGCUUCUACCAGACCUAAGAUUUACAAUUCACCGUCGGCUACAUUGACUGCAUCAACUGGGAUGUACUCAUCAAACCACAGAAAAACCUCAAAGAAUCCAGCGACUAGUCCAAAAGAUGAUGACCACCACCCUUAUCCUGCUCAACCUACAUUAAAAUCCAUUAAUGGUUUAGUUGACACAAUUAGGGGUACUGUACAGCCGACUAUAUCAUCUGAGGGAGGCUCUUCUUACAAUAGAGGACAUUCCAAAUAUAAACCGUAUAAUAAUAAAUACGACGAAAACAAAAACAAUACGACGAUAAAAAUUACCACUCAAGCGCCUGCAGUGACUACCUACAACGGAGCCUAUGGAGAUUCAUCAUCACCAGCCCAAUCAUCUGGAAUUGACAAGAUUAAUCAACUAGAGAAGAGAGGAAAAAUAGUAGUAAAAUACAGCGAUUUACAUCCUGUUCUUCUAGAAAAAUUGGAGGCUGAGUGCACCUGCAAGUCCGAUCCUUUUGCCGGAUUCAAAAAUAACAAGCCACUUUUGAUAGAUUCGUCAAAGGGAACCGUUGAUUUGAGAAACUAUGAUGAAACCGAUGUUUAUGUUGAAUUAGAAUCAGACAAAGAUUACAGUGGCGAAAAAUUGAAAUCAUCAAGAAAAGCCGCUUCAUUGUCCCCUUCUGAUAUUCAAAUAAGCGCUUCAUUUAAUAUUAAUAGGAAUAAAUCAAGAGGUGCCAAGAGCCUAGGCAACUUUGAAAAUAAUCAAGUUCCCAAAGCACAAUACGAUGAACAAUUUCAUUCACCGGAAAUGGAAUUUCUGGAGGCCGAGUGCGCAAGACCUGGACUUUUUAGACACCCAAAAUUCUGCAAUAAAUUUUACAUUUGCUAUUGGGAUCAAUGGAAGAAAAAAUUCAUAUUAAAUGUAUCAAAUUGUCCAGUGCAUUUGACUUUUGACAGUAGCGCCGGAGCUUGCAACUGGCCUAAUGAAGGGCCAGCAUGCCAAAGUGGUCAUCUUCUCGUCUGAUUUAUAUCAUUUUAUUGUUUACUAAAAUUGCAUAUCCUUCACUCAAAUCAUUAAUUUAUGCUUACUCAUAUACGUGGUUUCAUUGCUCAGCUCAAUGGUGACUGAAUUGAAAAUCAUUGUGAAAGUGUCCCUGCGUUUUACAAACCAGUGAAAGUCGAUUGGUCGAGGUUUUGAUCUAGAUCCUUUGAUUGUGCCCUUAAAAUAGUCACUAAAAAUUGUAUAAAUUAAAUUCUCACGUUGAUAAUUUUUAAUUUCGACCCCCAUGUAUUGAAAAAUACUUUUCGAUUUUCUUUUUUUUUGCUUUUUUUUUAUUUUGUAUUUUUCAAACACUCAAUUUGUUAUUGUAUCUUACUGUUCAUGGAUGACUCAUGGCCACUGAAAAUUUUACAAUUCAGCACUCUAUUGAUAUAUAUAUACUUUUAUUGAAUAACUUUUAUUUUUCAAUCUACUAGAUAGCAUAUAAGCAUUAAUUAUAAUUUUAUUGGAUGGAAAAAUAAACAAGUACAAAGAAGAAAAAUUAGAUGGAAUAAAUUUGAGAUAAAUGCUAUAAUUUGAAAAGAUUUAUCGAUGACUAACAUUGAAAAUGAGAAGCUACAGUGAAUUCAUGUAAUUAUUUUUCAUUACGCAAUAGUGCAGUUGUUACUUAGCCUGACUCCGGUGUUAGCUGUACACUAGGUGAUUUAUUAAUUUGACAUACGGCUUGAGCUCUAUUAAUAAGUCCUCGACAGUACUGGCUCUCGCUAAAUUACAUACUCGGAAGAGAAUAUUUGAAGAUCUAUUACUGCUACUUAACAUUCAAAUAUAUGUUGUACAAGUGUAAUUAUAAUCUAGAUGAAUGUGA